AUGCCCCACAAACAUAAGAGGAAGAGAGGUGAUGAUGAUGAUUUUGAGCUGCCUCCGUCGCAGAAGGCUCUGCCGCUACCCGUUUCGUCUGGAAGGCAAAACAGCAAACAAACUACAGAUCAACCACGAGGGAAACCACGAGGAAAACCACGAGGGAAAGACCGUACAAGCAACGACGCUCCCCGAGCGUUCAGACGGAUAAUGGCAUUUGCGCAAGGAAAAAGGCCGAGAUCUGGACUCGACAAUGGGGAAGCCAUUAAGAAAAUGCCUAAAAUUUUGGAUACUCAGACCGAAGACCUCCGCAUCAAGCCAGGAGAGGAUAUGAGAUCUUUUUCUGCCCGAGUAGACGCCGCUUUGCCAGUGGCUGGUUUAACAACGAAGACGAAAACAAAAGAUGGUAAAGACUCACUUGGUCUAAAGGUAAACCGUACACGCAAAGAGCGGAAAAUGCACAAGCUCUACGAUCAAUGGCGGGACGAAGAACGCAAAAUACAGGAGCAGAGAGAAGAAGAGCGCGAGCUGGCCGCAGAAAGAGAACUGGAUAAUGAAUCCAGUGAAAUCUUUGCUGACCAUGAGUGGGCGGCUCCUGGUGGGGCGAGGAGCAGGAAGAAAUCCAAAAAGAACAGAGGUAAAGGUGAAGACGAAGAUCCAUGGCUGGAGUUAAUACGCAAGAGAGGGGAAACAAAAAUUGGCCUCAAUGAUGUUGCACAAGCACCACCAGAGCUUCUACACAAAAGUAAAAGAAAACAGCUGGAAGUAGCAGGUGCAGCAGUUGAUGUUGUCAACAUUCCCAGGGCUGCAGGGAGCUUGCGAAGACGAGAGGAGCUCCAAGCGGCAAGGGGUGACGUCGUUGAAGCGUACAGGAGGAUAAGAGAGCAUGAACAGGCCAAGAUUGAUGCUCAGGGCAAAAAGCACCAGAGGCGCAGCGGUCCGUCAGCGUAA